ACGGCUCCGUGCGCUGCUUCGCGACUCCUCUCCUCUCCUCUCCUCUCCGCCGCGGCCCGCAUCCUCCUCGCCGUCGCCGCCGCGUCGCCGGGGAGCCCCGGGCCGGACCCGGCGCCGGCGCGCCUCCCUCCAUGGCGUGGCCGCCGCAGGAGGCGAUCGACACCUUCGUCAGCAUCACCGGCGCCGACGAGGCCGCCGCCGCCCGCGUGCUCGAGGAACAUGGCAACGACCUAAAUGGAGCCGUGAAUGCUUAUUUUAAUGAGGGAGAUAGGUCCACCACCAGAAUCAAUCAGAAUCCUGUGCCUGCCAGUGAUGAUGACAUGGAGCUGGAUGAACCACUUGAUCCCAUGUUUAACAGACCUUUGUUCCCUAGAACUUUGGGCAACCCUUUUGCACUUUUGGAUCCAGGUCUUGCCGACAUAACUGCUGCUGAUAUAUUUCGAAGGGGACCUCAGGUUACGCAUCCUAGGGAGGUGAGGCAGAUACCUAUUGAAGUUAAGGACACCAACACUCAGACAGGCAGUUCUGGUCAGGGUCCGGUUAUUGAGGAUGUUACUGGACGUGAAUCUUUCUAUGGUCCAGAGGUUCAUGGGACUGUUAUAGUUGAUGAAGAUGAUGAAGAUUUGCCAUCAACACCAUCUGCUCACGAUCCUAAUAUCCCAAGCAGCACUUCACGCCCAAAUCAUUCCAUGCCAAGUGCUCCUCCACUUGUUGAUGUUAGUGACUAUAACAAUGAUAUAGAAGAGCAAAUGAUCCGGGCAGCAAUUGAAGCUUCAAAAAGGGAAGCUGAAGGCAUGACAAAUGGUCUAAACAGAGGUGAAUCGGAGAACGCCUCACGUGGCAGAGGUGAUGAUGAGCUUGCUCGGGCAGUUUCUUUGUCCUUGGAGACAGCAGAGCGAGAGAGAGCUCUGCGCCAAGAGGGAACGCAUGUAGUGGAUCAUUCUCCUGAUUUAUCUGAUAAAGAAGACACUAAAGGAGCAAGUGAGAUAAUUGCAAGGCAAGGGCUAACAGGGGAAGUUGGAACUUCUGAGCAAACUGUAGAUGAAGAGAACUUCCAAGAGGACAUCGGAGAUGAUGACGAACAACCUUUAGUUAGGCAUCGCUAUAGACGUGUUCGAAACAGAACUACUGAUCCGAUGGAAUCGGUGCAAAUGGCCAACAGUCCUCCCCCGAGUCCUCAUCCGCAUAAUGUUCAAAAUGACCAUCAGCAUUAUGGCGGUUUCGAAGAGUGGGGUGGCAUUUCUUCUGAAGAGCAUGACGAAGCUGUUAUGCUUGAGGCUGCAAUGUUUGGUGGGAUUCCUGAAGGAGCACCAUAUCCAUUUUCCUUCCCAACCCGUGGAAGGUCAACUCAUUAUCCCCGAGUAGCACGUCCUCCAUCACCAACAUUAACUGCACAGCGGUUGUUAAGGGAACAGCAGGAUGAUGAGUACCUUGCAGCCCUCCAAGCUGAUCGAGAAAAAGAGUUGAAGACUGUGCAGGAGGCUGAGCUCCGCAGGGCAGAGGAAGCUGCAGCAAGAGAAGCUGCUCUUGAACGUCAAAAGAAAGAAGAGGAGGAGAAGCUAAAGAAACAGCGUGAGGAAGAGGAGUUAGAGUCCGAGCUUGCAGCCAAACAAGCAUCACUACCAAAGGAGCCACUACAAAAUGAUGAGGGGGCAGUCACAGUGGUAGUCCGCAUGCCUGAUGGUAGUCGCCGAGGACGGCGCUUUCUCAAAUCCGACAAGCUUCAGUAUCUUUUUGAUUUCAUAGACAUCAGCAGGACUUUCAAACCAGGAACUUAUAGACUGGUGAGAUCUUAUCCUAGGCGUGCGUUCACUGAUGGGGAGAGCCAGAUGUCGUUGAGCGAUCUCGGCCUCACUAGCAAGCUGGAAGCCCUGUUCCUAGAAAAGAUUUCAGGGUAGAAUAUAAAGUUUUAGAGUUAUGGCCUAGUAAUAUGUACUUUUAAAAUUGUAUCUGGCGUGUGCUCGUUAACAUGCCAUAGUGCUCGCAUGAUAACUGGUGUCUAGAAGAUCCCGUGGCCAUCUUUUUUUUCCCCCUGCCGAACGCUGGUGUUUCACUUUCACUGACUGCUGUCAGUUUGUGUAACCCAGUCAGUCUCAUAGCCACUUUGAACGUGCCGUCAGAAUGUAUAUACAAUUCUACAUUCAGAAGGUUUUAUUUCCAAUGA